AUGGCCAACUCAAAAUUCGAAUACGUUCGACUAUUCGAACAACCCGAUAAUCUUCUCCGCGAGACAUGGAUUGUCGUCCGCAUAGACGGUCGAGGAUUCCACAAGCUGUCAGAUAAAUACAAAUUCGAGAAACCGAAUGAUCGCCGCGCAUUGGAUCUUAUGAAUGCUGCUGCCGUGUCUGUUAUGAAGGCUCUGCCGGAUCUGAUAAUUGCGUAUGGCGUUAGUGAUGAGUAUAGUUUUGUAUUCCAUCCCAAUUGCGAUUUAUUUGAGAGGAGAAGCGCGUACGUAAUCUCUUCAUAUCAGAAAGUGAUGUCAUCAUAUGUCCAUCAAUGGCCAAUCUUCUUUCCAGAGAAGCCUCUUGAAUUAUCGAGUCUGCCGACUUUUGAUGGGCGCGCUGUUCAGUAUCCGAAUGAGAGGGUAUUGCGCGAUUAUAUGAGUUGGAGACAGGUUGACUGUCAUAUCAAUAAUCUAUACAAUACCACGUUUUGGAUGUUGGUCUUGAAAGGUGGACUGAGUAAUGUCGAAGCUGAGAAGGAGUUGUCGGGCACAGUCUCAUCCGACAAGAACGAGAUUCUCUUCAGCCGUUUUGGGAUAAAUUACAACAACGAAGAAGAGAUCUACAAAAAGGGAAGCGUCGUAUAUCGACAGUAUCAACUUGAGGAUCACCAGCCUCAGACUUUAACGACACAGGCAAUGGAAUCACAAGCAACUACCGAACUGUCCAAAACGCAGCAGGAGAAAAUGCGCAAAUUACGACGCAAGGCGCAGGUUGUCGUUGACCAUGUGGAUAUUAUCAAGGAUGAAUUCUGGCAGAGGAGACCGUGGCUAUUGUCUGGUAAACCAGGUAAAUUGCCUGCAGAAACUACACAGGCGUAA